UGGUUUAAAAUGAUUAAACUAAGUAAGUGUUAAGGGUCAGUGUUUAAACAAAGAUUUUGUAAGAAUGGUAAGAUUAAUUACUAAUGUCUUUUAAGUUCAUCCUGGAUUAACUGCAGAAGUUCACAUAGAUGCAUUGUCCUUUGUUAGUUGGCUGAUGAAGGGUUUGUUGGCAAUUAAUUGAUAGUCUGUGUAUUCCAUUAUAAGAGUGUAGUCCAUUAAAUUGAGGUGAUGCAGGCAGAGAUCAGUGAGGUGCAUUGCAGUUCAACUGGCCGGUAAUUUCGGUGAGGUCUAUCCUAAAUCCAAGGUUCAGGCAAUGGCAUAUGAUGUUGGCUUCAGUUCAUCCUCUGAAGUCCAUCGUAAUAGACUGAAGUGAUGUUUGACUGGCACCGACUGCAUUUAGUCGUCAUCAAUCAGAGACAUGUAGCAGUGGAAUCCAACACGAAGCAGGAAUGGAGCUGGAUCCAGCCGGUUCUGGUGAAUGGUACUUCAUUGUUUUGAUAUAAUUAAUUACUUGUUUUUACAAGGAAACUAUUAUAUUCAUCAUACUAAGUGGAAGUGAUUUAAAAAAGUCACGUUUCUCUCAAACUUCCGGGCGGGAACUUCCGCUUACCGCGAGUUGAGUUCCUGUUUGACCCGCAAGAUGGGAAACUGAAAGCUGUACGUGCGCUCCAUGAGUUUUACUGCGAAAGGUACAGCAAUUCUACAUGUGGUCGAGACGAUGGAGUCAGAAAUAAAAUAACAGAGGCGACGGAAGCGCCAGGUCUCAGUAGGACUCCAUCAAGCCGAGGGGGCCGCAACAGAAAUGGCAAACCUGAACUGGAAGCCGUUUGUCUACGGGGGAAUGGCCUCAAUUGUCGCAGAAUUCGGUACCUUCCCCAUUGAUCUGACAAAAACACGGCUGCAGGUUCAAGGGCAGACUCACUGUAUGGAGGUCCGCUAUCGGGGCAUGUUCCACGCUUUGUUCAGGAUUGGACGGGAAGAAGGCAUCCGGGCGUUAUACUCUGGGAUUUCCCCCGCACUGCUUCGUCAGGCUUCAUAUGGGACAAUCAAGAUUGGUACAUACAACACACUAAAGAAACUGUUUGUUAGUCAUCCUGAAGAUGAGACCAUGGUGAUUAAUGUGUUCUGUGGUGUAGUUUCUGGUGUUUUGUCAUCCUCUUUGGCAAAUCCUACUGAUGUGCUAAAGAUCCGAAUGCAAGCUCAAGGCAGUCUGUUACAAGGCAGUAUGAUGUCCAACUUCAUCAGCAUUUACCAGACAGAGGGCACUCGAGGCCUGUGGAGGGGUGUCAUUCCCACAGCACAAAGAGCGGCCAUUGUGGUGGGUGUGGAGCUACCGGUCUAUGACAUCACCAAAAAGCACCUGAUUCAUUCAGGGCUGAUGGGAGACACAGUCUUCACACAUUUCAUUUCCAGUUUCACAUGUGGUCUGGCAGGGGCUCUGGCCUCCAACCCAGUGGACGUUGUGAGGACACGUAUGAUGAACCAGCGCGUGCUUGCUGGUAACCCUAUGUACAAAGGUACCCUGGACGGACUCAUGCAGACCUGGAGAAAUGAGGGUUUCUUUGCCCUUUAUAAAGGCUUCUGGCCCAAUUGGCUGCGUCUGGGGCCUUGGAAUAUCAUUUUCUUUAUCACAUUUGAGCAGCUGAAGAAGCUUCCAUUGUAGCUGAGUGAGUCUGUGACUCAUUAGACUGGACUGUGUGCAGGUGCAUGUAUGUGAGGCUUCGGUCGUUAAGCGUUCACCAUCCCAUCUCCAUCACUCACCUGUAUGUUUAUUUAGGAACUUGUUUUAUUUUCGUCCUCGUUUGUAAUUGUAUAUAUUUAACAUUUUAAAACAUUUUAAUAUUUUUGCACCUAUAUCCUUGGUCUCUCCUGGCAGAUAUGGUCUGUCAGCGCCAUGCUCUGAAGCCAGGUGGAGUUAAAUUAAUGUACACUUGGCCAGCCUGUAGCCACACAGGUGUACAUUUGAGGUAAAGGGCUAUAGGUUAAAAUGGAAACCACCAGGCAUUGUUUCUUGCCACUGGCUUGGGAGUUCGGCAUCUUUUUGUGCAUAGCAUUGUAACGAAUGUAUCUGAGGACUCGUCCACUGGAUGGAAAUGUAGAAGGAGUUUAGUGUUUAACUGAAUGCUGUUAGUGGAAAUAUGCAGAGGCUGUUUCAUAUCAGAACUCCUAGAAAUAUUUGCGGUCAACACGCUCCAAAUUUGGCAUAAAAGCUUUUAAAUUACAAUGGUAUUCAUUUAGUUAUGGCGUCAAUAACAGGAAUGCCUUUUUGUGUUAUGCAUACAGUGCAGACAUGAUUGGUUGUUCAUGCUUCAAAUCAUAAAUUGUUGAAUCCUUUGAACACUUGUGUGCUCAAAAUGCGUUUUCCCCCCACAUUCAAGAAGUCUGUAACAUAGUUUGUGCUGAGCUUGAACUCCAGUUUCCAAGCACCUGUGAAAUUGCACAAGGUGUGUCCUGUUGUUUGUGUUUUUGUGUUCGUUUUUUGUUGAUAUCUUUUUUUGUCAAUUACUUGUGUUUUAAGUGUGUGGGUUUGUGUUCUGAAGCACAUGCAAAAUGUCAUAUUUUGGCAAGCGUCAAAGUGUGUAAAUACUGCUACUGGGCAAUAGAUUAAAAUAUUAGCAUAUACAGAGUUUUAUGUUUUAAAUCGGACUAUGUGUAUAACAGGGUGGGUUGUAUUUUGGGUGCUUGCCACAUUGCCAAAGUGUGCAUGUAUUGAAACAGAACUGUACUGUUGUUGCGGAGUUUUCAAAAGUGACACAUCAGUACUAAUAUUGGUAAAGUACUGUUAUAUAUGCAUAACUGUUUGUCAUCUAUAUUUCAAGCCUUAUCAGUUCCUGCUUUUAUAUGUAUGCCUUCGCCUGAUCUGUUUCUGCCUCGUAUUGUGCUUAACAAAUCAAAGAAUUAUACAGAAUUAUAGAUAUUUAUAUUGCACCAUUGUUCAUAACAUGUAACUUGCUCAUAAAUGAAUCAAACUGUAAGCAAACAUUAA